AUGGCUUCCUGCCACGUGUGUGACCUCAAGGUGCUGGUGGCCAUUGUGUGUGGGCUGCUGACCGCCAUCGUUUUGGGACUGGGCGUCUGGAGGAUCACAGUCAGGAUCCACAGAGGAACAACUAUCCCCACAUCAAGCACCCCUAUAGCAUUCUGCAGGAAUGGUGGAACCUGGGACAAUGGCAGAUGCAUUUGUCCAGAAGACUGGAAAGGCCUGAGAUGUACAGUUGCUAAUUUCUGUGAAAAUAGUACCUAUGAGAGUUUUACUUUUCCCAGAAUUUCAGUGGGAAGAUAUGGACCUUCCUUCCAAACAUGUGACAACAGCACUCUAAAUGCGGGCAAUCCAAUGGCAACCCGGCUGUGCAGCCUUAAUGAAAAUGGAGAGAUAGAACUACAAAAAGUGACAAUAGGAAAUUGCAAUGAAAAUCUGGAAACCCUGGAACAGCAGAUAGGCAAUACCUCAAUACAGUUGUCGAAUAUCUCUAUGGAAGUCCAGAUUUUAACAUCUAAUGCCAGUAAAUUAACUCCUGAGAACAUCACUUCUGCUACUCGAGUGUUGGGACAGAUCUUCAACACAUCCAGGAAUGACUCAUCUGAGGCAAAACUAGUUGCUGUAACAACAGUGAGUCAACUUCUAGAUGCCAGUGAAGAUGUUUUUCAGGAAGCUGCUGCUACUGAUGAUGCUGCCUUUGAAACGCUUAUUGAACAAAUAGAGACUUAUUCCUUGUCUUUGGGCAGCGAGCCAGUGGUGAAACCUAAUAUAGCAAUACAGUCUGGUGACAUCUCCUCAGAGGGCUCCACAGGCGUUCUCUUCACUGUACAGAAAGGAGCAAGUGAAUCUCUCAUUUCUGGUUCCACAUCCAUAAGUACAAGCGCGGACGGCCUUAAUGCGGAUGAACAGACUGAACUGCAGGUCUUCCUCAACACCUCAGCAAGUAAUGCCAAGUCAUGUGGCUUUGUAGUGUAUCAAAAUAACAAGCUUUUCCAAUCAAAAACUUUUACAACUACAUCAAAUUUUAGUCAAAAAAUUGUCUCAAGCACGAUUGACGCAAAUAAGGAAGAUCAGAGUGGUUCUGUUACAAUGGUCUUUAAUCCAAAGAACAACCGACAAGGAUUCCAACUCCAUUCCUAUGCCUGUGUCUAUUGGAAUCUUUCAAAGAAGGAUUGGGAUACAUAUGGCUGUCACAAAGACGAAGGCCUUGAUGGAUUCCUGGGCUGCCACUGCAACCAUACAACGAGUUUCGCUGUAUUAAUGAGUUUCAAAAAGUAUCAUAAAUAUCCUGAAUCACUAGACAUAUUAUCCAUUGUUGGAUGUGCACUGUCCAUUACCGGUCUGGCUGUCACGAUUGUAUUUCAGAUUGUCACAAGGAAAGUCAGGAAAACCUCAAUAACCUGGGUGCUGGUGAGUCUGUGCACAUCAAUGUUGAUUUUCAACCUCCUCUUUGUGUCUGGAAUUGAAAACCCCAAUAAGAACUCAGAGACAAGUGGUAGUGUCAGCACUGUUGACAGUAAUAAUAAUGAAAUUCCCAGACAAGACAUUGUCUUCAGCUCGAAUCCCACGUGCACUGUGUUUGCUGCCUUGCUGCACUACUUUCUCUUGGGGACAUUCAUGUGGACUGGGCUCAGUGCUGCUCAACUCUAUUUCCUGCUGAUUAGGACCAUGAAGCCUCUUCCGCCACGAUUCAUUCUUUUCAUCUCUUUAAUCGGAUGGGGAGUCCCAGCUGUAGUGGUGGCUUUGACAGUGGGAAUUAUUUUUUCUCAGUACAAGGAUGAUCCAGAAUGGGAGUUACACUACCGGCAGGAGCAAAUCUGCUGGCUAGCAGUCCCAGAAAGCACUGGUUUGCUAGCAAGUCCAUUGCUGUGGUCAUUCAUUGUACCUGUGACCAUUAUCCUCAUCAGCAACAUUGUUAUAUUUGUUAUCAUUGUGGUCAAAGUGCUGUGGAAGAACAACCAGAAUCUGACAAGCACGAAAAAGUCUUCAUCCCUAAAGAAGAUUCUGAGCACAUUAUCUAUUGUAGUUGUUUUGGGAAUUACCUGGAUUCUGUCAUACCUCAUGCUAAUUGAAGAUGAUGACAUCAGGAUCAUCUUCAGCUACAUAUUCUGCCUUUUCAACACUACUCAGGGAUUGCAAAUUUUUAUCGUCUACACUGUCAGAACAAAAAUCUUCCAGAGCGAAGCUUCCAAAGUGUUGAAGUCGCUGUCAUCGUCCACUGGGACAGUGAAGUCUCUACCACCAAUGAUCCCACUGAGGCUGCGUGUCAGGAUGUAUAACAUGCUCAGGUCAUUGCCAGCCCUAAAUGAGCGCUUUAGGCUGCUGGAGCCAUCUCUAGUUAACAAUGAAACGACACUCUCUGAAAGUGACCAAGAAAACCCAAGCAUCUAG